AUGUGUCAGUAUAAUGAAAACGAUGAUGAAAAAUAUAAAUAUGUUUAUGAUGAAGAUUGCUUAGAAUAUUUUACGCCUGAAGAAAAGUACAUUCCAAAAGUUAAAGGUCAUGACGAUAACUCUUCUAAAGUAAAUGAUGAGAACGUAAAAACGGAGUCAUACGUUCCUGGUACAACCUAUCAAGAGCUCUCCAUCGCGGAUGAUCAAGUUUCGUCAGACCAAUCAAACGAUCAUCAUCCAGGAUUCUUUCAAAAGACUUCAACAAAAGUUCUUUUUGGUAUUGCCAUAAUAUUGCCUAAUCCUAAAAUUAAAAUUAAACGUCACAAAAAAGGCGGUAAAACUUUUUCUGAUACGUCGUCAUCCAUAUUCCUUGAAGAUCCAACACUCAAUAUAACUACAACCCCACAAAGGGAAAUAAAUAUUAUGAGUCAAUAUAUUUCUUCAACAGGAACUACCACACCCACGCAAGAAAAAUUAGAAAAAGUGAGUGACUAUUUAACUGCACAGGGUGUGGAUACAACAACUCCUUCUCAGAACAUCCUAGAAGGCACGUCGGAACCUCAAUGGGAAUCUGAACCACAUCAAAGUCCGACACAACAAGGUGCUACCAGUCCUCGUGGAAGAGCUAGUUCCUUAGAGCCUAUUGGAAGAGUUCCUUCACACUCUCAAUCGGGUCGAUCUUCUUCUGAAUCAAAUCGAAGAAUUUCAUCACCUUCACAUGAACCACCAACAGAUUAUCGUAUAAGUCAUGAGAACUUACCGCCGGUUAUACAACAACCACAUGACUAUUUUCCCAUAGGCCGCGUAACAAUUGAAAAUCCGCUUGAACAAGGUUCACAACCACCCGAUACUACCGGACCUAUGAUGCCUCCUACUCCUCUUUCUAGACAUUCUCGACGUGGACGUUCUCGAGGAGCUCACUAG